GAUGACCCACAGCUACGUGGUUUAGCCUACACCCAGCUGAUUGUCAUGUUCAAUAAAUUUUCCAAAACUAAACAUGCUCGAUGGUUUCAAGGAUUAAACGGCAAUGAUUUGUUUGAGAGAGCUCUAGAAGAGGCAUCUGACAAUCCAACAGUUCUCUGUCACUGCAGUAAAUACUUUCUAAAUUCAGGAGAGGUCGAUAAAGCUAUUGAAUUGAUCGAAAAAUCCCUUUCAUUCAGAAGUAAUUCGAUAGCAUUUCAUUAUCUUGGAAUGUGCUAUGAAAUAAAAGCAGAGAAAGCUGCUAAGGUUGCUAUACCUUUAAAUGACCAACGUUGCAAACAAAACAACAUUGACAAAAGCCGAAGACCAACAAGAGGAGAAGCUAAUCAUUCCCAAUUAAACGUUAAUAAAGAAACGUACGAUCCUUCACUUGUUUCACGCCACAAUUCUGUGGUAAAUAGUAACAGUAAAACAGGAACUACACCAAGCUCCAUUGGAAAUCAAUGUACUAUAGUUAAAAAAAUUUCAAGGCCAACAUUGAUAAGGUUAGAUCAAAACUGCAGGUUCGUUAAAAAAUCUGCAGCAAAUUAUGAAGAGGCUAUUAAGUUUUCUAAAAAGGGAAACAUACCAUCUAUCCUCAGUUUGGGCAAACUUUAUAAAAAAACGGAUCGUUUUAAAAAGGCUCUGCAACAAUUCAGGCAAAUUAUAAACCUUAAAGAAACAAAGAUGAGCUACCUGGUAACUUUUAUCACGGCCUAUGAAGAGGCAGGACUUUGCUUGUUAGAGCUCAGUGAC